CACAUCAUCAGGUGGGGAAUAAGCAGCAGAAACUCAGUGGGCUUACAUUCAAGCAUCUCUCAGUGAUACUCAUCCCUUUGAGAGACAGGAGGGGAGGAAAACAGGAUAUGGUUUCUAACUAAAUUUCCCAACAAGUCACAGAACUGGUAAUAAAACCAGUCAAUUUGGUGGUUGUGAAAAGGGCCAAGAUGACAGCCUGUUAGACGCCCCCCAUGAGCCUGAGCAGCAGUGAUAUAAACAUGCCACACGCAUGCAUCAUGCUUAAGCCCUGCUUUGGAGGAUCCAGCUCUACGAUUCAGGGUGGAAUUCAGUCUCCAGAGCACAUUUCAGUCCUUGGCCUCUCUGCUGAGAGGCCAACAGAGUAACCAGUUCUGGUAGUGGGGUUAGAAAGUCCUCCCAUUCUGCACCAGAAAGCCGGGGAGGAGCCCAGGACUUCACAACAAGCAAAGAACCUUCUAACAAAAGCCCAGCUGGGUGAUAUGAGGGACUUCCAUCCACCAUGUUUCUGCUGAUUUUGGUGUUGCAUUUGGCCAUGCCCAUUCCCGGGAGAAGCUGGAGUUUCUGGACAACAAAAGAGACUGAGGAUGAUAGUUUUUCCUGGUAUUACUCUUCAAAGACAGUAGGGGAGAGGCUGGAUGAGCACAUCAAGACCAUAGACAGGCAUCUGGACAAGCACAUUGGUACCUUAGGCACAUGGGUAGAUCAACACGUCUGGAGCCUCAACAAGUGGGUGCAGGAGCACAUGGGGACCCCAGACAAGUGGGUGGAUGAGCAUACAGAGGACCUGCUUGGGUGGCUGGAUGAGCACAUUGGGGCCCUCGACAAGUGGCUGGACAGAUAUGUUUGGACCCUGAAUGAGUGGCAUGAGGAGUAUGUUGAAGCUUUCGACAAGAGGCUAGAUGUACAUGUUCAAGACAGGUACCAGAAAGACCACACUGCAAACAUAGUUACGUGGCUGGACCACAACAACAGGACCCUGUACAAGUGGCUGGAUGAGACUGUCAUAAUCCUGUACAAGUUGCUGGAGGAGUAUGAUGGGACCACAGACAAGUCACUGGUAGAGUAUGCUGAGGUUCAGGUCAAGCUGCUGGAGAACCACGUCAAAGUCCUAGAAGAGUUCCUGCACCAGUCCCUGACAGCCACCAAUAACUGGCUGGAAAGACAUGCCAGGGCCAAAGAAGAGCCCUCAGACAAGGAUGUCCAGUGGCUGCAGAGUACGUGUCUACAGGAGCAAGAGGAUGAAGAGGCCCAAGAAGUGGGGCCAGAAGACAAAUACAUCACAGCCAUAAGGAACUGGUUGGGGAAGUAUGUUGGCGCCAUGAAAAAGUGGCUACAGGAGAACUUCGGAUACCAAUACCAAAAGAGCCUGAUGUAGGGGGUUUGUAUAGUGCCCAAGACAAAGAGCUGUGUGCCACCUCCCCUGUGGACAACAUAUUAAUCUAUUCAUCAUCCCUGGGACAGCCACCUGCCCAGAGAGCACAGACUGGAAAACACUAACAUGAAUAAACCUUAACAGCAGAUCUCUCACUUCUUCAUU